AUGGUCGUCACUCCAUCGCAUGCUACCAGAGAAGCGAGCAAGGAUGCCUACGAGCUUAACAUGGCCGUAGCUGUGUUGUUCUUCCUCCGUCGAAGCAAGUUCGAAAGAUCCGCAAAUCUGUUUCAGACUGAGCUCCGCGAGACUUACGGAAAUUUCAACGGGAAAACAUUUAAAGGAACUCUCAGAUGGGAGCCGCUUGAACAAAAAUCACCGUUCCCCGAGAAAGGGGACAACGAGGAUGAAAGCUACAUAAGUGAAGACUCCGACGAUUUCGAAUGGAAACACUUUGAUAGCAACCUAGUCAAAAUGCGAGUCGGGGACCACUUCGUCGGAGACAGUGGUAGCGAUAGCAGCUCCAGCUCCGACUCUACCAGCGAGCUGACUGCAAGCCAUGUCAAAAUGAAUAUAAGGUGUACCACGCGUCAACCAAACAAGGAUGGUGCGCGCGAUGAAAGCGGCAUUAUAGACGUCGACAAAAAGCAAUUGAGGACUCUGGACGGUAGCGAAAGCGAUAGUACAGGGGACAGCAAAUCGAGCGGUGAAGGCGACUGCAUUCCAAAACAGGGUCACGCAUCAAACAAGUUUGCAAGUGCCUCCUCGUCCAGGCCUGCUCUUAUUGCACAACACUUAAAGCCACUUCCAAAAGGAAGGAAUUUUCUUGAUAGUGACAGCGAUAGCUCUUCCAGCGAAGAACAACGCGCAAAGCCACUUCCAAAAGGAAGAACUUUUCUUGAUAGUGACAGCGACAGCUCUUCCAGCGAAGAUUCGGCUCAAAAGAAAAAACCGCCGAUUAUGGCCCAAAGACUUGUGCGACGGGAGCCACAGCUAUGUAGCAUCGACAUCAUGCCAACGAAGAUUGCUGCUACCAAAAAUUUACCAAAAUACGAUUCUCUGAAUCGAAAAAAGAAGCUUGCUUCUCAGGUAAAGUAUCGAGCGAAGGUUCUCGACGACAGCGAUAAGAGUUCCGAAGAUGAACGCCGAGAGCGCACUAAGUAUCCUGCCCACAAAAUAUCAAACGAUGUUGAAAAAGUAGGAUCGAGGGUAUCGAAUUCCAUUUCUGCCCAAAUUGUUACCCAAAACGACUGCAACGACAGCAGCAGUAGCUCCAACGAAAGCGACAGUACCGCCAGCGACGAAGAAAUUCGAUCAGGAUCCGUUUGGCGCUCCCGACAGUCUAUUACGAGUAUUAACAAUGAGAAAAACAAGGAAAGUGCCCGGGUAGACGUCAGCUCAUCACAGCAAGACGUGAAACUGCAGAAAAUGAAUUACAAUGUACAGAAUUUGUCUACUAGGACUGCACCAUUGAAAGCCAACGGCCAAGAAAAAGCUGAUAAGAAUCGCGAUGCCGAAAGUCAUUUCUCCAAUACACUGAAGGCUGCCCUGUCCAACCUUAGAACUGUUGCUGAAAACUCAAUUUUGCACAAAACAAACGGCCUUGCUUGUACAAGUGAUUCUUCGUCGAAUUCAAGUGAAUCAUCAUCGUCAACGUCGGAAAUUUAUAAAAAUCCAUAUCCCAUCCGAUCCAAGGCUAGAGAGAGAAAACGUUUACCUAGGCGAUCUCAGUCGCUUGAUAUUGAGUCUCUAUCAUUUCUGUCUACUUGUCGAGGUAUGAAACGCUCAGUAUCAUUCUCUGACGAUGACAAAGUAGCCGAGAUUCCUCGGUAUGAGGCUCAAUCAAAGUCUGAGCUCUUCUACAAUAAAGCCGACAUCAGGCGGUUUACUGUCGAUGAGCAGACACGCCGUCAAGAGGAGCAAACUGAGAAAAUGGCCAUGAUGCUAAAGCUCUACCUGCUUGCUAAAAAAAGUUAG